AUGCCAGCAACCCCAAAUGCAGCGAUCACAAAUUCCCCGAAACCCCAGCAACAACAACAACAAGAACAAUCCCAACAAGAAGACGAAACCACCCUCACCUCUCCCUCUAUUAAAUUUGGCACCCUUGAAGCCUUAGACCAUGUGCGGAACCUAACCGAUGUAGGCGCCAUGACUCGUCUCCUCCACGAAUGUAUAGCAUACCAGCGCAGUCUCGACCUCAACCUUGACACUCUUUUAUCCCAGCGCUCAGAUCUCGACAAGCAUCUCCAUCACCUCCAAAAAUCCGCUGAUGUUCUCGAUAUUGUCAAAGCUGAUUCGGACCACAUGCUCUCUAAUGUCAGAUCCACCUGCGAUUUAGCGGAUCACGUGAGUGCUAAAGUGCGUGAGCUUGAUCUUGCUCAGUCGCGUGUUAAUUCCACGCUCUUGCGCAUAGAUGCGAUUGUUGACAGAGGGAAUUGUAUCGAAGGAGUGAAGAAUGCGCUUGAUAAAGAGGAUUAUGAGUCUGCGGCGAAGUAUGUGCAGACGUUUUUGCAGAUCGAUGCUAAGUAUAAAGAUUCUGGGUCGGAUCAGAGAGAGCAGUUGUUGGCGUCGAAGAGAACGCUUGAAGGAAUUGUGAGGAAGAAGUUGUCGGGGGCCGUGGAUUCGAGGGAUCAUUCAACUAUUUUAAGGUUUAUCAGGCUUUUUUCGCCUCUAGGAUUGGAAGAAGAGGGCUUGCAGGUUUAUGUUGGGUAUUUAAAGAAAGUGAUUUCGAUGCGAUCUAGGCUUGAAUUUGAGAAUUUAGUAGAGUUAAUGGAACAGACUUAUAGUAAUAGUAAUGUUAGUAAUAAUGUUAAUUUUGUUGGGUGUUUGACGAAUUUGUUUAAAGAUAUUGUUUUGGCUAUUGAAGAAAAUGUUGAUAUAUUGAGAGGUUUAUGUGGUGAAGAUGGGAUUGUUUAUGCGAUUUGCGAAUUACAAGAAGAGUGUGAUUCUAGGGGUUCUUUGAUUUUGAAGAAAUAUAUGGAGUAUAGGAAAUUGGGGAAGUUGGCGUCUGAGAUUAAUGCUCAUAAUAAGAAUUUACUUGCUGUUGGUGCACCGGAAGGGCCUGACCCAAGAGAGAUUGAGUUGUAUUUAGAAGAGAUAUUGUCAUUGAUGCAAUUAGGUGAGGAUUAUACAGAAUUUAUGGUUUCGAAGAUUAAAGGGUUGAGUUCUGUUGAUCCUGAGUUGGUUCCACGAGCUACUAAAUCGUUUAGGAGUGGGAGUUUUAGUAAAGUAGUUCAGGAGAUUACUGGGUUUUAUGUGAUUUUAGAGGGAUUCUUUAUGGUUGAAAAUGUGAGGAAAGCUAUUAGUAUUGAUGAGCAUGUGCCUGAUAGCCUAACCACAUCUAUGGUGGAUGAUGUGUUCUAUGUUUUGCAGAGUUGCUUGAGAAGGGCAAUAUCAACUUCAAACAUUAGUUCUGUGGUUGCAGUCUUGAGUGGUGCAAGUAGUUUGUUAAGUAAUGAAUAUCAUGAAGCUUUGCAACAGAAAAUGAGAGAACCAAACCUUGGUGCAAAGCUGUUUUUGGGAGGUGUUGGUGUACAGAAGACUGGGACUGAUAUUGCCACUGCAUUGAAUAAUAUGGAUGUGAGUAGCGAGUAUAUCUUGAAGCUGAAGCAUGAGAUUGAUGAACAAUGUGCUGAGGCAUUCCCUGCAACAGCAGAUAGAGAAAAGGUGAAAUCUUGUUUGUCUGAGUUGGGUGAUAUGAGCAAUACUUUCAAGCAAGCCCUGAAUGCUGGCAUGGAACAAUUAGUGGCUACUGUGACACCUAGAAUCCGUCCAGUAUUAGAUAGUGUAGCGACCAUCAGUUAUGAGUUAUCUGAGGCAGAAUAUGCAGAUAAUGAGGUGAAUGACCCAUGGGUCCAGAGGCUUCUCCACUCUGUUGAGACAAAUGUAUCGUGGCUCCAGCCUCUAAUGACUGCCAACAACUAUGAUUCCUUUGUACAUUUGGUCAUUGACUUCAUUGUGAGGAGGCUCGAAGUGAUUAUGAUGCAGAAGAGGUUCAGUCAGCUUGGAGGCCUUCAGCUUGACAGAGAUGUGAGGGCAUUGGUAAGCCAUUUCUCUAGCAUGACUCAGAGGACUGUCAGAGACAAGUUUGCUCGUCUCACUCAAAUGGCUACCAUCCUCAACUUAGAAAAGGUAUCUGAGAUUCUAGAUUUCUGGGGUGAGAACUCAGGACCUAUGACCUGGAGACUAACCCCUGCUGAGGUUAGGCGAGUGUUGGGUCUAAGGGUUGAUUUUAAACCUGAAGCGAUUGCUGCUUUGAAGUUGUGA